AUGGACAUCGAAAAGGAGAACGUCAUUGACGAGGGCCUCUACUCGCGUCAGUUGUAUGUCCUUGGACAUGAGGCCAUGAAGAAGAUGAGUACUUCCAACAUUCUGAUCAUUGGACUCAAGGGCUUGGGUAUCGAAAUUGCCAAGAACAUCGUUCUUGCCGGUGUCAAGAGUGUGACCCUCUAUGACCCCGCUCCCGUCGAGCUCACAGACUUAUCCACCCAGUUCUUCUUGACCACGGGUGAUAUUGGCAAGCCCCGCGAUGUUGUUUCCAGACCUCGUUUGGCCGAGUUGAACGCAUAUGUCCCCAUCCGCGUCUUGGAAGGAGAGUUGACAACCGACAAGUUGUCUCAGUUCAAGGUUAUCGUCAUGACCGAGUCCUCAUUAGAAAAGCAGCUGGAGAUCAACGAGUUCGCACACGCUCACAACAUCCACUUCAUCUCUGCGGAGGUUCACGGUCUCUUCGCUUCCGCCUUCAACGACUUUGGCAAGGGAUUCGCCGUGCUUGAUGUCACAGGCGAGGAGGCCUUGUCUGGUAUGAUUGCAGAGAUCUCUACAGAGAGUGAAGGUAUUGUCACUUGCCUGGACGAGACCCGUCACGGUCUUGAGGAUGGCGACCACGUCACCUUUGUCGAGAUCAACGGCAUGGAGGCUUUGAACGGCUGCGCCCCCAGAAAGAUCAAGGUUCUUGGACCAUACACCUUCUCGAUCGGCGAUACCUCUGACCUCGGCAACUAUGUUCGCGGCGGUCUCUUCCAGCAGGUCAAGAUGCCCAAGCUGGUCGACUUUUUGAGCCUCAAGGAGUCGAUCCAGAAACCAGAGUUCUUGAUCACGGAUUUCGGAAAGUUCGACCGCCCUGCACAGCUUCACGUUGGUUUCCAGGCCCUUCAUGCAUUCAAGGCCAAGCACGGACGUCAGCCCCGCCCCAGAAACUCAGAGGAUGCCAAGGAGGUCUUUGCACUUGCCAACGAGAUCAACGACAAGGCCGCCGAGAAGGCUGAGUUGGACGAAAAGUUGAUUCUCGAGCUUUCAUACCAGGCUGUUGGAGACUUAUCGCCUAUGAUUGCCGUUAUCGGAGGAACUGUUGCUCAGGAGGUUCUCAAGGCCUGCACAGGAAAGUUCAGCCCCAUUCACCAGUGGAUGUACUUUGACUCGCUCGAGUCCCUCCCCACGUCGGUGACCUUGACUGAAGAGUCCUGCCAGCCUAUUGGUUCCCGCCACGAUCCCCAGAUUGCAAUCUUUGGCAAGGAGUUCCAGGAGAGAAUCGAGAACUUUAGAGAGUUCUUGGUUGGUGCUGGAGCCAUUGGUUGCGAGAUGCUCAAGAACUGGGCCAUGAUGGGACUCGGAACAGGACCCAACGGACAUAUUCACGUCACCGACAUGGACACCAUCGAAAAGAGUAACUUGAACCGUCAGUUUUUGUUCCGCCCCACUGAUGUUGGCAAGUUGAAGUCCCACUCGGCUGCUAUGGCCAUUGCCAAGAUGAACCCUGCCACCAUUGGCCAUGUCCACGCCUACGAGGAGCGUGUCGGUGUCGACAGUGAGAACGUCUACGGUGACGAGUUCUUCGCCAACUUGGACGGAGUCACCAACGCCCUGGACAACCUGGAUGCCCGCAAGUACAUGGACAGACGCUGCGUUUACUUCCGCAAGUCCUUGUUGGAGUCUGGAACCCUCGGUACUAAGGGUAACGUCCAGGUCGUUGUUCCCUUCGUGACCGAGUCUUACUCUUCUUCCCAGGAUCCCCCAGAGACCUCGAUCCCUCUCUGCACCCUCAAGAACUUCCCCAACGCUAUCGAGCACACCAUCCAAUGGGCCCGUGAUGCCUUUGAGGGAUUCUUCAAGCAGCCUGCCGAGAACGCCAACUUGUACUUGAGCCAGCCCAACUACAUCGAGGGCUUGUUGAAGGACCGUGGCAACAGCACCGAGACCUUGAAGAACAUUGAGAAGUUCUUGGUCUCGAACAAGCCGUUGACCUUUGAGGAGUGCAUCACCUGGGCCCGUCUUCAAUUCGAGGAGCAGUUCAACAACAACAUCCAGCAGCUCCUGUUCAACUUCCCCAAGGACUCUGUCACCUCCACAGGAACCCUCUUCUGGAGCGCCCCUAAGCGUCCCCCAACCCCUCUCGAGUUCAACAUUGACGACCCCUCGCACUUGGAGUUCAUCAUUGCUGGUGCCAACCUCCACGCCUUCAACUAUGGCUUGAAGGGCGAGACCAACCCUGAGAUCUUCCGCCAGACUCUUGCUCACACCAUUGUCCCCGAGUUCAAGCCCAAGUCUGGUGUCAGGAUCCAGGUGACCGAGAGCGAGAGCAUGCCCACUGAGGAGAGCGACCAGGCUGACCUUCAAAAGUUGAUCGACACCUUGCCCGCACCCUCAACCUUGGCUGGAUACCGCCUCCACCCUGUUGAGUUCGAGAAGGAUGACGAUACCAACUUCCACAUCGACUUUAUCACAGCCACGUCGAACUUGCGUGCAUCCAACUAUGGCAUCACCCCUGCCGAUAAGCACCGCACCAAGUUCAUUGCCGGUCGUAUUAUUCCCGCCAUUGCUACUACUACCGCCAUGGUCACUGGAUUGGUCUGCCUGGAGUUGUACAAGAUCAUCGACGGACGCAGCAAGAUUGACGAUUUCAAGAACGGAUUCGUCAACCUUGCGCUGCCCUUCUUUGGAUUCUCGGAGCCCAUUGCCGCACCCAAGUUCAAGUAUCACGAGACUGAGUUUACGCUGUGGGACCGCUUUGAGAUCAACGAAGACGUGACGCUUCAGGAGUUCUUGGACUACUUCAAGGAGAAGCAUGAGCUCGACAUUGCGAUGGUCUCUGCGGGAGUGAGCAUGUUGUACACGUCGUUUAUGCAGAAGGACAAGAAGAAGGAGCGUCUGCCUAUGAAGUUCUCGAAGUUGGUCGAGACUGUGUCGAGGAAGCCUAUCCCUGCCCACGUCAAGUCGUUCACUGUCGAGGUUGUGUGCUAUGACCGCGACGGCGAGGAUGUCGAGGUCCCCUAUGUUGUUGUCAACUUUCGCUAA